CGAGUUUUCUCGUGGGAAGGGAGGAGGAGGAGGAGGAAGGUCUGCUUGGGUCGACUGACGGGGCCGGGAGUCAGGACAGCCCCGUCGGCCGGCCAUGGAGACGGCCGCUCCUCAGGGACGUAGCCUAGAUUGCAGGUGCAAAGACUCCCUGUUUGGAUGAAGCAUCAAACACAGAUUGACUGAAGAACAAUAAUGAUUGAAGUUAAUGGAUCCUCCAUUACUGAACAGGAGGAAGUUGAAGUAAAGAAGGCAAAGGCAUUCAUUUGGAGACCUGGGAAAGGGCUAAUAGAAAAAGUGGAGGCAAAAAUAAGUAAUCUUGAGGACUCUGAUGAUUUUGAAGACUUCCAAUCAGAAAAUGAAGAAUGGAAAUCAGAUUAUGAAGAUUACGAUGUAGCUACCCAAACUGUUUUUCCUGAAAUGAAAACAGUUAUCCAGUAUGAAGAAGAGGACUGGGAUAAGGAGAUGGAAGACUCUGAAAACAAUAAAAACUCUUAUGAUUUAGACGAUAUUAUCUACUGUGGAAGUUUCUGGGAUGGCAAUGGACAGGCAUCCUAUUCAGUUCAAGAAGAACCUCUGUAUGACCCAAGCUUACACCACGUAGCACCGUUGACUUUGAUUCACUUAAAAGCUGUGACAGAGGACGGCCAAUUUGAAGAUGCUGUUGACUGAAACAUUCCCAGCAAUGGGACAAAAACACUAAGUUCUAAAUCAGAUUUCUCCAUUCAGCUGCACAAAAUGGAAAUGACUGGAUGCCUUUUAAGAAUCUAGUGUACUGAAAUAUUAGGGAACUGGAUGGAUGCAAUUUUGUAUCACUUUUUGGUUUAAACAAACUUGAAAUGAUUUAGAUUUAAUUUGUGAAGUGGCUAUUGCUGUUAAAGUGCUGUUAACUAUUUUUUGUUAUUUGUUUUAAUUUUGGGUUUGUCUUGCAAGCCUUCACUGAAAUGACAGUACACUAAUGUACACUGACAUGUACACUAAUGUCCAUCUCUUGACACUCAACAGGAGUUUCUGAAUCAAUAGUUCUACGUUUUGGUAUGUUGGAGUUCAUUGGGAUGCUGGUGGGAUGGAUAGUAACAAGAUUAUUCUUCAGGAAUACAGGCUAUUUCAUUUUGUACAGCAUAUGUAUGUGUUUUAUUUAACAUAAUAAACAUGCAGAAAUGCUGAUAGAAUAUACUGUUUGGCUAGGGUCUGGAUAAUUAUGUCCAUAUUAGCUGAUUUAUUUUUUAAAAAUAUUGCUUUUAAAAUAAUAACAAAAAGGAAAAAGAAAUUAAAAAUACAUUAUCCUCCUUAAAAAUAAGUGAAAUAAGAUAAAAGAGAAAGAAGAUUUUAAUAUGUUAUUAGAACAAUAUAUAUUCUAAUACAUUUAUAUGACUAUCAUGCUUUUUUAAAACAUUCUGUACUUUGAGUAAAUGAGUCUCAUUUUCCUUUUAUUUGUCCAUACGAAGUCUAUAUCUGUAGGCAGUCCUCAUAGGUAGCAAAUGUAAUCAGGUCUUCAAUCCAUUGAGUGAAUGGGACUAUACAUUUAUCUUCCCAAUAUUGCAAUAUCAGUCUUUUAGGUAUAAUAGGGGCACAGAGAAUACAUUUUCACUGUAUAAUCCAUUUUCACCUAUAAUUUUACUGUAUCAAUUCAUAUAUGAUUUAUGUAUGCAAACUUAAUAGAAAUCUAAUUGAUAGUGGCUAUAUGGAUACAUAAAUAAAGAUUGGCAUCCAUCCUAAAUCCAAUGAAAUUUUCUACACUAUCCUAAUAAAGUGAGGACAGUUUAGAACUAUUAAUUGUUUAGACUGUCCUCACUGUAGAAAAUUUCAUUGCAUUUAGGAUGGAUGGAUGGAUGGAUGGAUAGAUAGAUAGAUACUCUGAAUAUGCAAGAUACAUGUAUGAUAAAAUUCCAGAAACGCUAUAAACUUAAUCUUUUAGACUCUAGAACAGCAUCUAGGGACUAGAUUAUUUGGUUCUACUCUACAAGUCCACAAGGGCCCAGUUGGGAGGUGGGGGAAGACAAGGGAUCUCUCUCCUGCCUCUGUCAGUGAUGGCGAACCUUUUCGGCACUGAGUGCCCAAACCGGAAUGUGUGUGUAUGUGCGUGCAAGUGCGUGCGCUGGAGUGCUGGAAACCCAAAGACCAGGUGCAUGCGCACCAGCCAGCUGGUCUUUGGGUUUCUGGCACAUGCAUGCACGCUGGCCAGCUGGUCUUUGCAUGUGCCAGAGCACCAGAAACCCGCUGGCCAGUGCGAAUAUGUGCACAGGAAACCAAAAGAGCAGCUGGUGCCGGCGCGCGUGCCCACAUCACAGCUGUAUGUCAACCACCCAGGUUGGUGCUUCUCAAGAUUAGGAAGUUCUCUUUUUUGGAAGAGGGUGUGCCAAAGUAUAUAGUGAGAUGGGUGGGGUUGAUGAGCCACAAGAUCAACUGCCCCUGCAGCAUUCUUGCCAUGCCUCAUGACCUCAAGGUUGAGGGAAUGUAGACAAGCCUUUCAGCUGCUCUGAAGAAUUUUUCUUGUUGCUUGCAAAGGCAGAGAAAUAUUUUGUUUUAUAAAAAGCCCCAGACGUGACCAGUAAGAGGUUAGAUUUUUUUUGGAAUGCUAUGAAGAGAGUCUUGAAUUGCUCUUUAUGAUUGUGGUUAGUUAUAAUUUUAUACUUCAAAAAUUGUAUGUUUUGGCAUAAGAAAUUACCAAACCAAAAUAUUCAGAUAAACCCAAGUAUUGUUUACUUGAUUUUGUGGGAUGGGGUAAAUAAUGCACCUACUCCCUCCUAGCCAUGACAUACUUAAACAGAUUCCAUCUACUUUUCUCUACUAAGAGUGUAGACUAUGGGCUUGUCCUCAUGUCCUACAGAUUGCUAUCCAAAGAUACCUUGCUAACAUGUCCGCCUGGUAACCUGAAGCAGCUUGAAAUCAUCCAUUGUUAAAAAGGUGUGUUUUGUUUCCCUGGCCCAAGUCUUGCCAUAAAACCCAUCUACAGUGGACAUGGGAAUGAGAAUAAUACAAUCAGAGGUCUGUCCAGCUCUAAUUGGCCACCUAAUUCUGCUGUGCCUCUUUUGCUGAUGACUAGGCUCUGUCUUAUGGCUAUGACUGACAGGGACCACAUUCAGGGCUUCUAGUCCCCACCCCCCAAUUGUUCUUUUUCAAUAGCAUUAUUGACAGAGGACUGACACCUCUGUAAUGAGGUUAAUAUACCUGUCAAAGCUCCGACCUCACCCUGCUAGUUGAUGUUUGAGUUAAGAGAUUCUGGUUGAAGUGUGAAGUAAAUUUGUGUAUUUUACUUAGAAUUCUACAAGGAUUACUGUAUAUAUUUAUAAGGUUUUUGGUUAUUUUUACUGUAAUGGCUCUACCAAUGUCCUAAUACUAAUAUAAGAUAUUAUUUUAAAAAUUUAUAGAAAAAAAUAGUAACUAGUAUGUUAUACUAGUACCGUGUUUCCCCCAAAAUAAGACCCUGUCUUAUAUUUUUUGAACCCUGAAAUAAGCACUCAGCCUUAUUCCCAUGGGCUCAAAAGCCCGAUUGGGCUUAUUAUUAGGGUAUUAAUUUUUCCUUUAUUUUUUCCCAGAUGGACAUAUUUGCCCACCCCACGUUUUAUGCAACUGUGCUGUUUUGGAUGGGGGAUAUCUAUUGUGUAAGAUUCCUCUCUGUCUAACAGGUCAUAAAGUUGGGCACAACUUACUUAACUGCUUUGCUUAGCAGUGAAAAUUCUGGUCCCAGUUGUGGUUGUAAGUCAAGGACUACCUGUAUACACAUUUAGAUACCAAUUUAGGCUAUUGAAUGCUUCCCUCUACUAUGUAUUUAGCAAUCUGCAUCCAUCCAUAAAAUUUUUGUUAUUUGUUAUUCAGUCUUUCAAAACAUCUAUGGUAUAUGUGCAUGCAUAGGCAGACUUCCGCUUUUUGUAUUAUUUUAGAUUUUCAUUGUUGCAGUCUAUGCAGUAAAACCUAUAGAGGGCAGCAGUCAUCCAGGCCACAGUAAGUUUGUGCCUUAUUUUUCCAAAAUGUGGCUGUUCAAAAGUGAUGCACUCUACUCAAACAACAAAAGCUUCUGCUAAAAUGUUGAGAUGAAAUGAGUCCUUGUUCAGCUAAAUAUAUAAAAUAUAUACUUUUGAAGGAUGUAUGUCUUGUCCACCUCCAAGGAUUAAAAGUAAAAUUUUUAGGGUCUGUUUGCAUUAGCUUCAAAACAUUGAAUUUCCUUGUUUGCACAAUCCCAUGGGCCCAGGUGCAGGUUAUAUUUUUCUAAUAGCUCAAAAUUAACUAGUUGGAAAUUAGGAAGCAGACUGAACCUUGUACCUCAGUUUCCCUUUUUUUAUUUUAUUAUAUUCUAAUUGUACUUGCUAUACUAUACAAAAACCUGCACAAUUUGCUGUUUCUCUUUGUGACAGGUAAGUUUCUGAUAUUGGAAGUAGUGUAAGGCAUUAGGAGUAAUGAAAAUGAUUGCCUUAUCCUCCAUGAAUUUUAAAGUUGGUGGUAGUAAUAAAAUCAAUGCUUAAUACUAAAUUACACAUUUGUGGGGAAUUUAUUUAAAAUACUUAUGAGACCCCCUUUCAACUUAAAACAAAAACCAACUUUUAAAAAACAAGAUGAUAAACACAUAAUGCAGAAAUCCCCACAAUUAACAUAAUUAUAUAGAGAAAAGCAAAACUCUACAAUAUAAUGGUUGAAAUAUUGGACUUUGUCAACUCAGUGGGUGACUGAGUCAAUCAGUUCUUUCAAGCUUAUUUUCAUAAACUUCUGUAUAAAAGUCAAGUGUGUAUGUAUAUCUGUUGGUGUAUGUAUGUGUAUCAUAAUUGAUAUGUCUAUGUAUAUAAAAUAUAUA